GUUAAUAUCUGCGUUGCGUUUCUAGCGCAAAACAGUCGAAAUUGUCAGCUCGUUGGGUCAGCAUCGCCAGAGCUCUCUUUUAGUUUUAACGUUUAGUGUCCACAGCAAUCCCGAGGAUUUAACAAUACAGUUGUCAUGGCUAAAAUAAUAAUCUGUGCUUUAUUGUGCGUUGCCAUGUUUGGCUCGAUGGCCGCCGCCGCUUCAGGAGGUUGCCGGGAGGCGAAUGGAACCUCUCCGGUGUCCGGAUCCUGCGACGCCUACAUUGAGUGCAAGAAUGGCGUGGCCGAGGAGAAGCUGUGCCCCGACGGCCUGCUGUACAACGAGAAGUCCACGGGCUACCCCUGCGGCUACCCCAUCGACGUGGAGUGCACCCAGGCCCAGAGCCGUCUGCAGGCCGCCCAGCCCACAGAGGACUGCCCCCACCAGUUUGGGUACUUCCGCAAGGGCGAUGCCGGCAACUGCGGCCAGUUCAUGAACUGCGACGCGGGCCGUGGCUUCGUGUUCGACUGCCCCGAGGGCCUGGCCUGGAACCCGGCCACCUACAAGUGCGACUGGCCCGACCAGGUCGAGGACUGCGAUGCCGAGGCCUUCCUGGGCUUCCGCUGCCCGGCCCUGGCUCCCAAGUCCGAGCUGCUCGGCGAGCAGGAGGCGGACUACACCUUCCAUCCCUCGCAGGACAACUGCCAGGUGUACUUCAUCUGCAUCGAGGGACGCCCGCGACGCAUUGGCUGCGGGGAGGACCAGGCCUUCAACCAGGAGCUGAAGCAGUGCGACGACAUCGAGAACGUGCCCAACUGCAGCAGCGCCAUUCGAGAGAAGGGUGCUCAGAUCAAGGCCGCGCGUCUUCACGCCAAGAAGAACUAAGUCACAAUCCAGUUGUGAUCCUCCACGAACAGGCCAUGUGGCGACAAGUUGCUCGAGUUCUCUAGUCUGUAGUUAAAGAUUUUGGCAAACUGAUUGUUGACAUUUUGCUCGUAACAAUAAAAGACGUUAAACCCAAA